AUCCAAUAGCAGCAGCUGUUGUUGUUAGCGGUGGGAAGGGCAGAUUGUUGCAGCCGAGUUGAUUUCACUGAGAUCCACGUUGUGGAUUAAAUAUUUUCAGUAAGCACACAGUCCUGAUAGCGUGUGUAGCUGCGGCUGCUGCAGGUGUGUGUGGAUGGGGGGAAACAGCCCGAGUCACCUCUCUCGUGAGGAUGGUGAAGGCGGAGGAGUUACUUUUGUGAAGGGCAUUCGGCUGUCGGAUAAAGUGAUCCAUCGGAUGAAACGGUCUUCAAAGGUUGUCGAUCCUCAGCUCUCUCAGAAUGGACGUCGUCCUCCACAAACACCUGAAACCCAAACACCCAUUCCAGCCCCCCCUCCCUCUGUCCAACACUUGAUACCUCUUCUGACACCACCUCCAUUAGUGGAACCUGUUCCUCCUGUAAAACUCGUCCCUCCUCCUCCUGUAAAGUUUCACUCCCUGCCUCCACCUGUAGAGACCAAAUCUCCACCUCUACGCGCUCUUGUAGUCUCAGACCCCGCUCCACCACCUCCUCCUCCCCAAGAAGCCCCAGCCACACCUCCAUCAGUGGAACCUCCUCCUCCUGUAAAGGUUCACUCCCUGCCUUCUACUGUGGAGCCUGAGGCCCCGCCAAAAACUCCACCUCUGACCGACACUGUUGUCUCAACCCCUACACCUCCAUCUCCUCCUCCUCCACAAGCAGAAGCACCCGUGGAGCUUGAAUCUCCUCCUCCUCCACCUGCUGUAGUGAAUCCAGUAGUUAUACCUCCUGUUGAAUCCUUUAUCCCACCCCAUAUAGAACCAGAAACCCCGUCAGAACACAUCUUCAAACCUGUUGUCCUAGCUCCACCUGUAGAAUCAGCUGUAGCGUCAUCUGAACCUUUAGCUUCACCUUUGCCGUCUGAAACACCUCCAACUACUAUUGAGCCUGCUGCUGUAGCUCCCUCUGUUGAACCUCUUGAAGUGGUUGUCUUGUCUGCGCCACCAGUGGAAACCGUUCAAUCUCCGCCCACUGUUGAUUUUACACCAGUUGAACCAAUAACACCAUCCUGUCCUGUUGAAGCUGUAGUUUUACCACCCCAAGUGGAGACAACUCUUGUUGAGCCUGCAGUCCCACCUGCUGCAGUUGAAAAAGAAGUGCCUCCAGUCGUGGCUCCAGCUGUCGAUCCACCGUCUCCAUGUGAACUGCUCCCACCUCCACCUUCUACAGAGCCGGUGGAAGCACCCUCUCCCCCUCCAGAGCCAGUGGCAGCACCCUCUCCUCCACCAGAGCCGGUGGGGGCUCCCUCUCCCCCUCCAGAGCCGGUGGCAGCACCCUCUCCCCCUCCAGAGCCGGUGGCAGCACCCUCUACCCCUCCAGAGCCGGUGGCGGCACCCUCUACCCCUCCAGAGCCGGUGGCGGCACCCUCUCCCCCUCCAGAGCCGGUGGCGGCACCCUCUCCGGCUCCCUCUCCUCCACCAGAGCCGGUGGCGGCUCCCUCUCCUCCACCAGAGCCGGUGGCGGCUCCCUCUCCUCCACCAGAGCCGGUGGCGGCACCCUUUCCCCCUCCAGAGCCGGUGGCAGCACCCUCUACCCCUCCAGAGCCGGUGGCAGCACCCUCUCCUCCACCAGAGCCGGUGGCAGCACCCUCUCCCCCUCCAGAGCCGGUGGCAGCACCCUCUCCUCCACCAGAGCCGGUGGCAGCUCCCUCUCCCCCUCCAGAGCUCACUUUUGAAGAGCCCUCGCCAUCCUGUCACUGUGUGGAGCUGGCCAUCAGACCCACUGAUGCACCUGUAUGUGAAACCGUCAUAGAGCCUCCGGCACCACCUCUACCUGCUCCAACUCCCCCUGCUGAGGAGCCCGCCAUAACCCUGUCUCUGCACCCUGUUGUUGAGGACGAAGUGCCUGCUGUCACUUCAGCGCCCCCACCUGCAGCAGCCCCGCCUGUUCCUCCUGAAGUGGUAGAGGAAGAGUUGAGGCAGAAGAUCAAAGAGGAGAUGCAGAUGAGUCUGGAGGAGGAGAUCAAUCAGAAGAGGCAGGAGCUGCAGCGACAGCUGGAGGAGAUGAGGGCUCAGGCUCAAGCAGAGGCCCAAGCAGCCGCUCAGGCUCAGGUGGAGGAGCAGGUGAAAAGGACGCUGGAGGGGGAGAAGGCGGCGUACGUGGAGAACCUGACCGACUCCAUCAUGAAGGAACGAAUGAAGACUGACGACGAAAGGCUCAUGGUGCAGCUUUAUCGGAUGGAGCUGAAGGCUCAUCAGCUGGAGGAGAGAGAGAACGAGUUGAUGAAACGAGACGCUCUCUACAAGGAACAUAUCGCAAAACUUGAAGCUAAGUGCACCGAGUUUUACAAAGUGACUGCUGAGAGCUUCCAGAAGGGCAAGGAAGAGACUCACAACCGUUUUGCGCGUUUCAAUAUCCAGCCGGUGUGUGGUGACUUGCAGAGUCAGAUUUUAAAAUGCUACAAGGAGAACACAGGAAAGACUCUGUCCUGCUCAAGUAUCGCCUCGGCCUACAUGCAGUGUGUGGACAACGCCAAGAAGAAUAAAUUGAGCACUAGAGGUUAAUGUGGACCACUUGAUGAGGAUGACAACAUCUUAAAGCUUUACUGCUGCAGCAAAGACAAGUUGAUGGACAGAAUUCAACAAAGAGACAAGUUACAGGAAACAGUCACAGGAGAAUCAACUCCAGCCUUUACAUGUAGCUGAAAGAAGUAGCAGAUACUGUACCCAGGCCAGUAGUCUGGUCUCAUACUGGUAAUGUCAUGUUUGCAACCUCUCUGGUUCUUGAGAUCAUUUUGAAACCAAUUGUGCCACAAUAACUGAUGGAAAAUCAAGUUCUUGUCUUUGUAAAUGAGAUGAAAACACAACAAAGGAACAGAAAGGUUAAACUUGUGAAACCAAGUAAGGUAUUUGUAUGAGAUCUAUAUACUGAAGGACAUCCUGGUAAAUCAUUAUGUAUGUGUGCCUUGAAGUUAUGAAAGCUAAAUAUAAGAUUGCAGAUGCAUGAAAGAACUGUUUAACAGAGUGUGAAGUAACAAAGACCUGUACAUGUUUGAUGUUAUUUUACUGUAUAUACAUUAUUUCAGGGGUUAUUUCUGGUGCAUGCAAAAACAUUUAAUUAAACCUCAAUAAAUUUGUUGUGAAAUCACA